AUGGGGGCAGCGGUUAGUUUGUCUUUUGCUCUUACUGCCCUUGUCUUUGCCGCCGGUUGCCGAUCGAAAUCAAAGAGGACAAAGAGCAGUGACUCAAAAUCACCAGAGGUGACAGCUACACCACAGAUUUUGUCAACCACAAGGCCACGCAGGAGUGGGAGGAUAACCUCACAAAUGUCCCUUCUGUCACCCUAUACUCCACUUCUUCUCUUCAACUCUCUCCUUAUUUUCAUCCCCUCGUAUAUGCUUCCCUAA